AUGAGUCUCGGUACAAUACUCGUCACGGGCGCCACCGGCAAGCAAGGCGGCUCCGUCAUCUCUGCCCUGCUUGCUGAGAAGGCCGAAUACAAGAUACUCGCCCUCACCCGCGAUGCCUCGUCGCCUUCGGCCAAGAAUCUAGCAGCCAAAUCAUCCGGCAUCACGCUAGUCGAGGGAAACCUAGAUGACGCCGAUACCGUAUUCGAGAAUGCGAAGAAGCUUGCGUCGUCGCCCAUCUGGGGUGUAUUCAGCGUCCAGACGCUCACCCCGAACAAGGCGGGACCUAUAAACGAGGAGAGGCAGGGCAAGGCUCUCAUAGAUGCCUCGGUCGCCAACGGCGUCAAGUUCUUCGUCUACUCGUCCGUGGACCGCGGCGGCGAGGCCCGGUCCUCCGACAACCCGACCAACGUCCCCCACUUCGCCAGCAAGCACAACAUCGAGCGCCACCUCAUGGACCAGUCGCAGAUGUCCUGGACCAUUCUCCGCCCGGUAGCCUUCAUGGAGAACUUCAACGGAGGCCUCAUCGGCAGGAUAUUUGCGUCCUGCUGGCAGACGGCUCUCCCGUCGCGCCCGCUCCAGCUCAUCGCCACCUCCGACAUUGGCGUCUUCGCGGCCAAGGCCUUUAUGGACCCGGACUCUGACAGGUUCAAGGGUAAGGCUAUCUCGCUCGCCGGCGAUGAGCUGACAUUUGAGCAGAUGUCGGCCGUCUUCAAGGAGAAGACUGGGUCCGACGUGCCGCUGUCUUGGGGAUUCAUGGCCAGGGUCACGUUCUAUAUGUCAGAGGAGAUGAGCACCAUGUUUAAUUUCUUCGAGAAGGAAGGGUACGGCGCUGACAUCCAGGAGCUGAGGAAGAUUCAUCCCGGGUUGAAGACGCUGGGUGCUUGGCUGCCUGAGUCGCCGUAUGCGAAAUGA